AUGUCAUCAUCUGCUAUGGAAAAGCACUUAUUUAAUUUAAAAUUUGCUGUCAAAGAAUUGGAACGUAAUUCAAAAAAAUGUGAAAAGGAGGAAAAACUAGAAAAGGAGAAAGCAAAGAAAGCAAUUCAAAAGGGUAACAUGGAAGGGGCACGGAUACAUGCAGAAAAUGCAAUACGACAAAAGAAUCAAGCCUUGAAUUACCUACGUAUGUCGGCUAGAGUGGAUGCAGUUUCUAGUAGAGUACAGACAGCACUUACUACAAGGAAGGUCACCAACUCUAUGGCUGGUGUUGUGAAAGCAAUGGAUGCAGCCAUGAAGUCCAUGAACCUCGAAAAGAUUUCCACUCUCAUGGACAAGUUUGAGAGUCAAUUUGAAGAUCUGGAUGUUCAAUCAUCAUAUAUGGAGAAUGCUAUGUCACAAACAACAACAACAACAGUACCGCAGGGUGAUGUCGACAAUUUACUACAACAGGUUGCUGAUGAAGCAGGAUUGGAAUUGAAUAUGGAACUGCCAUCUGGUGUACCUAGCACGUCAAUAGGUACAGCUACUGUUGUAUCACAAGAACAGGACGAGCUGACCCAAAGACUGGCUAGUAAUUAUUAC